AUGCCACAUGCCCCAUACUGCUACGUUCCGGAAGAACCAUAUCCAUUCCAGCAAUGCUCUGAACUUAAGACUAAGUCUGUAUACUUCAAUGCCGAAGAUGAAAUCGAAACUCCUCAAAACAUCUACUCAUCAUUUUAUGAGGAAGAAAGUUCUGAAUCAAGCUACGUAAGUAACUAUAACCCAUAUGAGGAUUCUUGA